CAACAAUUAACGUAUUGAAUCAAUCUUCCAUACGUCUACUUCCGGUUAGUGCUGUCGUUCUUUUUAGCAAGAUGGCUCCAAAACCUAAACCCACGGACAAAGCAGCCGGUAAACCGGCUGAGAAGAAAACGGAGAAGAAAGCUGAGAAGAAGCCAGCAACAGCUGCUUCCACUUCAAAAGUGACGAAACCAGCUGCUAAGCCAGCAGCAAAGAAACCAGCAGCAGCUAAAGCCACAAAUGCUGCUAAGCCCGCUACAAAACCAGCAACAAAGCCUACACCUAAGGUUGCUGCUAAACCACUCAUCAGCAAACCCAAGAAGAAUGUCCAGGCUACAAAGAAAUCACCUAAAGGUGGAAAACCAGCGGGACCUGUUCAAAAGGCACUCAAAGUUCAGAAAAAGAUCUUGAGGUGUGUUCAUGGAUCAAGAGUAAGGAAAAUAAGAACAUCCGUACAUUUCCAUCGCCCGAAAACAUACAGACCACCAAGAAAUCCAAAGUAUACCAGAAAAUCAGUACCAAACAGGAAUCGUAUGGAUGCUUUUAAUAUCAUCAAAUUCCCAUUGACCACUGAAGCAGCCAUGAAAAAGAUUGAAGACAACAACACGUUAGUUUUUAUUGCACACACGCGGGCUAACAAAUACCACAUUAAGGCAUCUAUCAAAAAGUUGUAUGAUGUUGAUGUAGCCAAAGUUAACACUUUAAUCAGGCCUGAUGGUAAAAAGAAAGCAUAUGUGCGGUUAACGCGUGAUUACGACGCACUCGAUGUUGCAAAUAAAAUUGGUAUAAUAUAAAUAUAUCGAUACAUGAUGUGUAUAGGAGUUGCGAUAUGUCUGUACUGAUAAUAAAUAUUGGUAUAAAAAUA